AUGGUCCAUGGUCAGCAUCAUGGUCAGUUGAACACAUGCAUCGUCAGCAUCAUGGAUCCAGACCGCAACGAGACCCAGACUUCCAGGAGACCCGGACCUCCACGAGACCCAGACCUCAACGAGAUCCAGACCCCUACAAGACCAAGACCCCUACAAGACCCAGACCCCUACAAGAUCCAGACCCCUACAAGACCCAGACCCCAACAAGACCCAGACCCCUACAAGACCCAGACCCUCAUGAGACCCAGACCCUCACGAGACCCAGACCAUCACGAGACCCAGAUUCCCAGGAGAUCCAGACCAUCAUCAGACUCAAACCCUCUCAAGACCCUGACCCUCACGAGACCUAGACCCAAUGAGACCCAGAACCUCACCAGACCCAGACCCUCACACCUUCUCGAGAACAAGACCCUCACGAGACCCAGACCUCUACAAGACCUAGACCCUCACGAGACCCAGACACCUACAAGACCCAGACCCCUACAAGACCCAGACCCCUACAAGACACAGACCCCUACAAGAACCAGACCCUCACAAGACCCAGACCCCUACAAGACCCAGACCCCUACAAGAACCAGACCCUCACGAGACCCAGACCCCUACAAGACCCAGACCCCUACAAGACCCAGACCCUCACGAGACCCAGACCUCUACAAGACCCAGACCGUCUCGAGACCCAGACCCCUACAAGAACCAGACCUUCUCGAGAACCAGACCCUCACGAGACCCAGACCCCUACAAGACCCAGACCGUCUCGAGACCCAGACCCCUACAAGAACCAGACCUUCUCGAGAACCGGACCCUCACGAGGCCCAGACCCCUACAGGAACCAGACCUUCACGAGACCCAGACCCUUACCACACCCAAACCCUAUUGGAGACCCAGAACCCUACAAGACCCAGACCCUCACAAGAACCCCCAGACCCCGACCCUGUCGAGGCUGUGGUGCAGAGGGUCUACAGUGCAGUCUUCGCCCACACGUCUGCUGCGGGCGUCGCUGCAGGCGACGUUACACGCGUCCUUCUGACGCAGACGCACCAGCGCAUCCUGCGCACCACGAGUAUUAAUUAA